AUGAGGAAGUGCGAUCACGAGGCAUGGGCCAAGGACAAGCCAUUGGGGUGCAAGAGGAUCCAUCCGACAUGGGUCGCCAAUCGGUACCAGCAUGAGAACAAUGGAGACAUUGAGAAACCCAAUUGGGCUCGCAUUGAGGGAGCCACUGAGUUGAGUGACCUGGCCCAUUGGCACUACAACGAUGGGUUCAAGGAUGCCCCAAGCUGGGAGGACAUCCCAUUUGAUGACCAUUCCGAGCCCGAAUGGUUCAUGUGCGCCCAGUUCCAGCUGCCAUUAGACCUGAGAAGGGCCAUGCUGGCAAGAGAGGCGACCAUGAGCGAUGAAGCCAAGGCAAAGAGGGAGAAGAGAAGAGAGAAGAAUAAGACCAAGCGGCAGAAGAAUCAACAGGAGCAUCAGCUCACGGAUGAGGUCCGGGAGGAGCUGAGAGCAAGCAUCCAGGAAAACUCCAGGUAUGCAGCCAUGAGGGAUCUGCCAUCAUCGGCCUCCAAGAGAGGCAUGCCGAAGGCCAAGGCGAAGGCGAAGGCCAAGCCCGAAGCCAAGGCCAAGGGCAUGCGCUUGGCCAAGAUGGGCAAGAUGGCCAAAAAGCAGCAUAAGAAGCAGCUCAAGAAAGACACAUUGAGCAAAGCGGUGGAUGAGCUCCCUGAGCCGCCAUUGCCUCCGCCACCCGGCCCACCAGCUAUGAGUGCUGACACUGGUGAGCAUGACAUGACCAAGGGCACAUGGAGGAUAGUCAAUGAGGACGCUGGCAUUUCGCUGUAUGGGCGGCAUGGGUCCAUUCUGGGUGUCGGCCGUCAGAACUGCCACAUGCUGCUGGAGAAGGACCAUUUCUUCCCCAAGCAGCAGAAGGCAUGGGUCAGCAAGAGCCAUUGUGAGCGAUUGCCAGAGGGUGAGCAUAAGGUGUGGAAGUGGGCCCAGAUGAGCUUCUACAGGGCCUGGAAGCAGGAAAUGCUGCUUGACAUGGGGCUCUUGAGCCAGGACCUGGAUCAGCUGGAUGGGCUUGAGCAGGUUCACAUCCUCCCAUACCCAGACAUUCAAGCCGGCGGCAUAGAGCUGCAACAUCUGCAUUUGGGCUGGCGAGUCCUGCUUUGGCACAUGCUCCAGAGCUCAAUGCAAAGCAAGAGCAUGGGCUUCAUUAGUCCUGGAUGGACACAGCCACUAUAUCUGCAUCAUGACAAUGCCAAAGUGGAUGUGGAUGCAUUCAUUGAGUGCAUCAAAAAGCAGAUGAGUGCUCAUACACUGAAUUUCCUCCCCCUGGGGUACUAUGACUCCCUGCCGGAUGAGUCCCAGCGAUGCAGGGACUACGCUGAGAAAAUCUUGGCAUCCCUGCUCUCCAUGGGCCUGCUGCAUGAGGCAGUGCUGCCUCCUCGCAGCAACAAGGUCUUCCAGGGAGUCGAUGAGUGCGGAUUCCAUGUUCUGGCUGCCAUGGAGCAAGAGGCCGCAAAAGCCAUGGGGUUUGGAAAGGCCAGCACUGGGUGGCCUUCGCAUUCGGCGAAGAAGUGGCAUGAGCGGCUGCAUAAGGUCACAAAUGCUCUCCGCACUGAGCAGACCAAGCGACUGGAUGAGCUGAACCAGCAUAAGAAGAAGGAGGAGGCCUUGGGAAUCAAGAUGAGAAAAGAGCGAGAGCACAUGGCGGCCAUGGCUGAGAAACGCAUGAGCAAAGGCCUUGAGCUGACUCAGCUUCAGAAGAUGGCCCAUGAGGUCAUUAGCCAAGGCAAAGUCCUUGAGAUCGAGGACAUGCCCCAGGCAUACUGGGAUGAGAGAAAUCGAAUCGAACUCCAUGAGAUUGGAGUCUGCAGCCGCUGCCGGCAUGCCUCAGGCUGCCUGAGCUGCGAUGAGGGUAAGCUCCUCGCAUACUGGAUGAGGAAGGAAGCCCGCAGAUUGGGCAGGAACAUUGCCCCUAAGUACAAGCUCAGCUCUGCUGGACAUGAGCUGGUCAAAUGA